UGUCGUAGACGUAGCCACCACGUGCUACUUUGCUACUUUGUCUGCUGUUAAAAAAUUAUUUUAAUAUUUGCAGUUUUUUUUUACAACAAACAUACAUAUUAAAAAUAUACGAACGACAAUUUUUUUAUCGAAUAUAAUAUAAAUAUAUUCCUCUUGCAUUAAUGAAGUAAUCUCGCGACAAUAAUUACAAAAUAAGCUUUAAUAUUUAAAUACAUAUACAAAUAAUUUAGUUCUUGUUUAAACGUUGAAGGAAGUUUAAAAAAUAAAAAAAGAAAAAUUAUAUGUUCCAUAGUUAAAAUCAUGUCUGAAGAAAAAAUCGAUUAUUUUGAUUGAAUUUUUCAAUAUUUGAAGAAGGUGAAAAACUACCAAAACCGUGCAAAGCAAUUAAAGCUUUACAGGUGCAAGAAAAAGUGUUUCUUAAUAACUCCUUUUUUUCUGUAUAAAAAAAAAAAAAAAUAAGUUAUAAAUAUGCAAAGGUCCUGUUGAAAAAAAAAACGAAUGAAAAGUUAAAAAACCAACUAUAACCAACCCCAUCCACUUGGAUGGACAGGAGAAAUUUCACGAGGAUAUUCGGGCCGAGAUAUAUUGAAAAAUAUCUAAAGUGUUUUAAUGACAAUUUUAACCAAAAUGAUUCAAAAUCACUUGAUUGAAUGUGAAAAUACUCAACCAACAAACCGUUCUCAACAAUUACUGAAUCAAAAUCGUCCAAGAUCUGAAAGGGCUUCGAGCUUGGCCUUACCUAAUAAUUCUUUAUUGGAUCUUUAUGAUAAAGAACAGGAACAGUGCAACUCAAUUGCUUUAUUGCCAUUCAAUUUAAAUGUAGCUAUACGUCGGCAUUCGUCACAUUGCUAUCAGAUGUCAGACGAUAAAUCUAUUUCCCUAAGCUCUAAAGCUUUGCCGAUAGAGGAGAGAAACCGCAAACUUGACCUAACUCUUAAAAAUGUUGAUCAAACAUUAAAACAGCCAAUAACUGUGAAGGUGAUUGACCAAAACAACUCGUCAUGUAAUAUAUUUCCUCCUCCAAUACCAAAACGUACAUUUCGUGGUAAAUUAUCUUGGAAUUCUGGUCAUGAUGAUACAACUUCCAAGCAAAACUCACAAAACAAAAUGCUAACAUCAAACUUAAACAAAAAUCAAAAUCAAAAUCAAAAAUUUCAACCAAAUAAUAUCCAACAUUUUUGCCCCAUUACUGCUUCUAAUUCAACACGCAACCCAUUCCACAAUGACAAUGAUAAUAAACCCCAUUACAAUAUCUAUAAUAGUAUCUCACCAAACGAACAAUUUUCGGAUGAUGAUAGAAUGAGUUUGGAAAACUCGGUUUUCGAUGAAUCUUUGACAUCACCUUUCAAAUCACUUAUGCCUAUUUGUGACAGUUUCAUCAAACCGCUAGAGCUCAACAUUUGCAGCUGCUCUACUACACCCAGCAUCAAAUCAGGUGGAGAGCCCACAUCGUUAAAUUAUUUUGAUUGUGACGCAGCAAAUGAUUUGUGCACAUUAAAAUGUAACAUUCCACAAGCUGAUCGAUCGUCUGGAGAGUCAAAUAAAUCUCAAGCCACUUCUGACACCGGCUAUAUAUCGAGUAAUGGAAGUGAACGAAAUAACACAGAUUUCCGCAGUCGAUUUUCAUCGGUAGACACCCAAUCGUCACUUGAUAGUUGCUUAACAGAAAAAACUAAUGACUCACCGCUUUCAAAAGAUUCGUUUAAAAUCGACUCUGGGAAUGAAACUCCAACUCAAAGCAUUCAUGAACUCGGAACUAUUAUCACCAAUUAUCAAAAAAAGAACUCGAUUAGCACAAUGAAAGCAAAUUCAGGUCCUGGAGGAGUCAGGCCAGAAGUGCCGCUUCGUAAGCAGUUUUCUACAACUCCUAAAAUGCUUCCGCCAGUACCUCCAGCUAAAAACAACAAUUCGAAAAGUACAGUUUCAGUUUCUGUUGUGACAUCUGCUCGUCCAAAACCGCCUACGCCUCCUAGUCGUUCACAUUUUCAAAUGAAUGGAGAUAUUAGCAAAAACUUGAGUAGCAUUUCAUCGCCACCGGAAGAAAGUUCCUUAAAAGUCAUUAGAAAACAAAGACCACCACCAAUUGUAUACCCCAAACUCCAUCAGCCCCAAGAUUCAUAUCUAUCAAACGAAAUAAGUUUCUCGACAAACUCGAAUUCCGGAUACAAUCAAAACCAAAAUCAAAAUAGAGCACCAAUACAUGGUACUUCUUCAAGAGGAAGAUCAAAGACAAGAGUACUUCAUCAGAACUCUAAUGACAGUCUUGGGAAAAUAGCAGCUGCAACCCGAUACAUCAAUCUCCGACAGAACAAAAAUGACUUCAGACAAGAUUCGAGUUUUUCUAGUGAUAGCGUGAGUCAAACCUCAAGUCCAGGUUACAAUUCUAAGAUCAUUGAAGCUCCUCUUUUGCCACCAAUGAAAAGACUUUGUGAAGUUUCCCAAAAACAAUUGUUUAAAACAGAAACAACCGAAGAACUUGAGAAUACAGUUCCUACAUCACCUAUUACCAAAAGCAUCUCAACACCAGCCAGUUUGCAGGCAAUAGUUCGUUUUCAGAAUGGUACAUCAAAUAUGUCCCUUCAGCAUAGAAUAAUAAAUCGCCGAAAAAGUUCAAAUCCUUAUGUUACAAACGGUCGACUUCGGUUUCGGCUCUUUCAGAUUCUAAUUAAUGCUUUUGCACUACUAGCUAUAGCAGGAGGACUUGCGGCAUACUUUAGUGCUUAUCCUACAAUCAAAUUUGUUAAUAAAACAAUAAUCAAUACAAUACGAGUUGAAGAAGUGUCACAAUUUGGAAAAAACCCAGCUCCUGGAACUUGCUUACCCAUCAUUGUUAAAUUUUGUAAAGGCCCUUUGAUUCCAUAUAACUACACAGUGUUUCCUAAUUACAUUGGACAUUUUGGACAAUUGGAAACUCAAGUGGAUCUAGACGCUUACGAUGCACUCGUUGAUGUGCGAUGUUAUGAGCUAGUUUCUUUGUUUUUAUGUACACUUUUUGUUCCAAAAUGUGGCUCGACAGGAUCCACUGUACCUCCUUGCAGAACACUUUGUACCGAAACCAUGAGACGUUGUGGAUUUUUCUUCGACGUUUUUGGCCUAAAUCUUCCCGAGUAUUUGAAUUGCAAUUUAUUUAAGGAUUUUAAUAACUCCGACGAAUGCGUGGGCUUACAUCAAGUUCGAGACGUUAUGAUAGCUGCUCGUAAUCCAGUUUGCAGUGGAUUUGUAUGUGACCAAACUAGAUGCAUUCCAAACGAAUACGUUUGUGAUGGCCAUUUGGAUUGCAUGGAUCAAAUGGAUGAGUCGAAAUGCGAUCGAUGCGAAGCUGGUUCUAUUUAUUGCGGCGAGGAACAAUGCAUGAGCUCAAAAAAAAUUUGCGACGGAAUAAUUGACUGUCCUUAUGGCCAAGAUGAGCGGAAUUGCAUUCGAUUAAGUGAGCGCAACGGUGACCUUGGCAAGGGUGUACUUGAAGUGUUUCGUUUUAGUUCACACAAAUGGACUCCAGCGUGUGUGAAAAACUGGGAUCGCUCUGUUUCACCGACGGCUGUUUGUUCCAUGCUUGGUUAUAGUUCAGUAAAUGCAACGAGUGUGGUUACCCAAAAGACACAUCGUCCUCUUUUGACAUCGGUUAAUGUUUCAACUGACAUUUGGAAAAUGUACUCUAAGAAAAGAUCAAAUCUCAUGCAAGAGUUUUCGAGCUGUACCCCAGAAGAAGAUUUUCCAAUAGCUGAAUUGACGUGCACUAAUUUUGAAUGUGGUAAAGUUCGACGUGAAAAGAAACCAACAAGACGUAUUAUUGGAGGAUCAGCUGCAAGCCCUGGUGCCUGGCCCUUUUUGGCCGCAAUCUUAGGUGGCCCCGAAAAGAUAUUUUACUGUGCAGGUGUUCUUAUUGCUGAUGAAUGGGUUCUAACUGCUUCGCAUUGCAUUGGAAAUCAUACUCUUAUACAUCUAGAUGAUUGGACGAUACAGCUUGGAGUUACCCGAAGGAAUUCUUUCACCUAUUCUGGACUUAAUGUUAAAGUAAAAACUGUGAUUCCACAUCCUUUGUAUAAUACACAGAUUGCACAUGAUAAUGAUAUUGCUUUGUUUCAACUUUCCUCGAGGGUGUCGUUUCAUGAACAUUUACUACCUGUCUGUCUUCCUCCACCCGAGCUAAAACAAAUAAAGCCUGGAGAGCUAUGUACCGUUAUAGGAUGGGGAAAACGGGAAGAUAAGAACCCUAAAGCUACAUAUGAACCAAUAGUUAAUGAAGUGCAAGUACCAGUUAUCCGAAGACAGCAAUGUGACGAAUGGUUAGACAAUCUUACAGUAUCAGACGGUAUGAUAUGCGCGGGAUUUGAAGAAGGUGGCAAGGAUGCAUGUCAAGGAGAUUCCGGUGGACCACUUCUUUGUCCGUAUCCGGAUGAUACGGGCAAAUGGUAUGUCGGUGGAAUUGUAUCAUGGGGAAUAAUGUGUGCUCAUCCCAAACUACCUGGUGUUUAUUCUAACGUAAUUAAAUAUAUUCCUUGGAUAUUAGAAGAAAUGCAAAAAUACUCAAAACCAAACAAACCGUCUGAGGCGAAAGGAAUAAAUAAAAGCUCAAAUAAUAUUUCUGGUUAUGGGAAUAGAAGCCCAACUGAUAUAGAUUAUAUCAGCUAUGAAAAACCAUAGGAAAAACCAAAAGACAAUAGCAUAAGUUUUGUAUGGAAAACCUCUCCCUGAAAUAUCAGUUUAAAUAACAAUUAAUAUAUUACUUUAACUUUACACUAUUAACAAAACAAUCAAUGUCAAUUUUUCGAAUUUAUUUGAUGCAAAAAAGAACCUACAGAUUUAACCAAAUGGUAUAUAAAGUUAAGAUAUUGAAAUAUUUAUGGUAAAGAAAAAAAUAUUUUUUGUUGAUAAAUGAAACCAUAUCUUAAAGUAAACAAUUAUGAAUUAUACAACUAUUAUAAAAAUUAUAUAUGUAAAUGUUCUAUGCAUGCAAAAAUCGAAACAAAUAUUUAUAUUUACAAAAAAUUGGGAAGUAACUUAAAUUUUUGACAUGGAACAAUAAUAUUGACACAUAACAAUAAAUAUAAUAUAAUAUUAAUAUUAACAUUAAUUUAACCAAGUAUAUUAGCUUUGAAAAUCAAGACAAGUAGAAAAUUAAAUAUUAAAGGUGUUCAUUAUUUUAUGAGUACUUGAACUUAGGCUUAUUAGAAUACAAAACAUUAAAAAUAUCAGACAAUACUAAAAGCCAACGAAAGUGGCACAAAUACUAAGACAAUAAAAACAUAUAUAUAUAUAUAUAUAAAUAAAUAAAAUUAAGUAUUAUAUAGAACAAAAUAGAAUGUUCAAAUGUUGUGAAGAAAAAAAUUUAUACACUAUAUAAGAAAUAUAUACAGACUACUAUUUAUUAAAACAAGAAGAUAUAAAUAAUUGUUUGAGACAAUAAAUCUUUACUUUAUAAAAUGUAAUAUUUUUGUACAGAAAAAAAUAUUUAAAUAUACAUACAUAAAAAAAAACUAUCAAAUUAAGAAAAAAGAAAAAAAAACAAAUUACAAAAGGCCCCAAUCUUAUCAAGUUGAUUAUUUUUCGGAAGACAGAACACGGUUUCCAAGAAGCCGCCAUUUUGAUGAUUUCCAUAGAUUUUAAUGGGCUGAACUUAAAAUAUAUAUAUGACAAAAAAAAAACAAAAAACAAAAACAAACAUAUCUCGCUUAGUUAUCGAGAUAUUGUAUUUCAAAGCUGAAUAAGUUAAAACUUCCUUAAACUUUGUGGUGAAUAUCAUGCUAAAAACAAAUAACCUACAAAUAAAUUAAAUGAAAGUUAAAAAGGAGUUCGUCCUAUAUUGUGUUUGCUUUUUUUUAAUAGAUUUACCUUAAUAUGAAACUGUAAUAAAGGCUAAACUAAAGACACAA